GCCCCGCCGUCCUCCUUCCGACCUUCCCUGCGCUCCUGUGCGGCUGGCCCGGCGCUGGCGCUCCCCAAAGCAGCGAGGCGGCGGCGGCGGCGAGGAAGCGAUGGCGCCCGGUGCCAGCCUCACCCCGCAAGUGCACUGGGCGCAGCGCCACCACGAGCUCUACCUGCGCGUGGAGCUCAGCGACGUUCAGGACCCCAACAUCACAAUUACGGACAAUGUGCUCCAUUUCAAAGCUCAAGGCCAUGGCGCCAAGGGGGACAAUGUGUACAAAUUUCAAAUUGAGUUCUUAGAACCAGUGAAGCCACAGCCGGCCUACAAAAUGACCCAGAGGCAGCUGAACAUCACUGUGAAGAAGGAGGCCAGCCACUGGUGGGAACGGCUAACCAAGCAGGAGAAGCGGCCUGUCUUCCUCACGCCUGAUUUUGAUCGUUGGCUGGAUGAAUCAGAUGCUGAGAUGGAGCUCAAAGCCAAGGAGGAAGAAAAGAUUAACAAAAUCAGCAUAGAGAGCAGGAUCCCCAAAGACCCUUUCCGCCACUUGAAGAGAGGGUACCUGUUCGUGUACAACCUUGUGCAGUUCCUGGGCUUCUCCUGGAUCUUGGUGAACAUGACGGUUCGGCUGCUCGUGCUGGGGAAAGAAUCUUUCUUUGACACGUUUCACACGGUGGCUGACAUGAUCUGCUUCUGCCAAAUGCUGGCAUUCAUGGAAAUCAUGAACACCUUGACGGGGCUCGUCAGAGCUCCUCUGGCUCCCGUCGUCCUCCAGGUCUGUGGGAGGAAUUUCAUUUUGUUCGCCGUCCUGGGCGGUGUGGAAGAAAUGCAAGGCAAGGCGGUCGUAUUCUUCAUCUUCUACAUUUGGAGCAUGAUUGAGAUAUUCAGGUAUCCCUUCUACAUGCUCUCCUGCAUCGAUGUGGAGUGGAGGAUCCUGACCUGGCUUCGAUACACGGUCUGGAUUCCCCUCUACCCGCUGGGAAUCCUAGCCGAAGCCGUGUCUGUGAUUCAGGCAAUGCCGAUCUUUAGCAAUACCGGGAGGUUCAGCUUUGUGCUGCCCAGUCCGCUGAACAUCACCAUUCCGUUUUCCAUUUUUCUCCAGCUCUAUCUGGUGUUCUUAUUCCUAGGGCCGUUUGUGAAUUUCCGUCAUCUCUACAAGCAAAGGAAACGCCACCUUGGGCCAAAGAAGAGAAAAAUGCACUAGGCCUGCUACCAGAAAAGCUGCUUGUUCUAAUCUUCCUGUGAAGGCAGGUUUAGGGCUUUCACAUUCCUAACAGUUUUACUUGCCCGGUGAAUCCGCAAACGAGUUUUGUACAGUUUUACCAACAGGUGUCUUUCCCAUCCCUCGCACACGCAUUUGCAGCCUUCACACAGGUAAUUUCCCCCCUCACCCUGCUAGUUCUGCUCUUUUGUCAGGCUAAAAAUAAGCGGUAGUUGGCCCAGCCCACCAGCAACCUUAUUUUGCUGCAGGUAAAUAGAGCACUUGAUGGGAACAGAGCGCCCUUUAGUGAAAGUAGGGUAGGAUGCUCAGCCGAUCGCAGGCCACCGCUUUCCAGGCAGAAAAACGCUGACCCUUUUUCCCUGUCACAAUGUUUGUAACGGUUCCAGGAACAGGACAGUCUGCAGCUCCCUCCCGAUGCUGGGCCCCGAGGGGCCAUUGUACGGAACUCUUCCUGUUGCCGUACGUGAUGGGCAGGUGAGCCGUCGGCCUCCAUUCCUGACCCCUGCAGUGCGAGCAGCUCGCUUUGGAGCGAGAGAGAGGCUGCCUCCUUUUGCUGCCGGCAUGCGCCUGCGUGCUAAACCCCUUGGUGCAGCAGUCAGUCCUUCAUCUGCCAAGGAUGGCGCACGCCGCCCUAAACAAGGUUAUCAUCCGGAGUUGGGGUGAUGGUGUCGGCUGCAGCUGGCCUGCAAGCGGCUGCCCACCCGCUGCUGAUGGAAGUGGUUAUUUCAACUCAGCCGGCUUGUCUCUUGACGUCCUAGGAAAGGUGCCAACUCUGCCCUUGGGGCGCGGGAGAAGAGCCGUCAUCUGUCAUGGCAAGUGAGACUCGCUCCCUACACUGUGGAGGGCUGUUUAGUUCUGUUUUCCAUUAAUGCCGAGUGGGUAAAGGGCUAGCUCUCUGAUCCCCAAGUCCUGAGCUGCUACAACUGUUGCUCGGCAACCGUGCAGGGUCUUUGUCGCUUUUCCAUCUGCCCACUUACAGUCACCUUCCCCAACCUGGUGCUUUCCUGAGGUGCUGGACAAGAGAAGCGCAUCUGGAGGACACUGGGUCGGGAAGGGCGCGGAGUUAGUCUCGGGGGCGGGCACUUCGUCAUAAGCCUGUAUUUGCUGGUCUUUGAGAAGACAAAUUGAAUGCAUUAUUUCUAAUAAUAAAGGUUUUAAAACUUUA